AUGCAUUUACUUCUGCUCUGGGCUGUGGCAGGCCUUUUACGAUCCACACUCGCCUGUACCGCACCAGAAGCGGUUGAUGUGGCAAUCGUCGGAGGCGGGCUGGCGGGACUGAGUGCUGCAGUUCAGCUCGCCGCCGCAAACAAGUCAGUUAUGGUAAUCGAAGCACGUGACCGAGUUGGCGGCCGAGUUCUCAACGUUGAGCUUCCCAACGGAGGCAUCAUCGAGGCUGGCGCAGAGUUCAUUGGACCCACGCAGGACCGUGUUAUUUCGCUUGCAGCGGAGCUCGGCCUUGGGACAUUCGCAACGUACAACACCGGCGAGAAUGUGUUGUGGCACAAUGGCACGAGGUUGACUUACUCGACUGCCGGUCCUGAUGUCGCUCCACCCAUCGAUACCCUUAGUCUCAUUCAGCUGGCCACGGCGUUGGCUGAGCUCAAUAGCAUGGCUCUGGAGAUCAACGCCUCUGCACCAUGGACCCAUCCCAGAGCCGUUGAGUGGGAUAGUAUGACUUUUGGUUCGUGGCUCGACAAUGCGACUCCGCUCCAAUCAGCACGUUUUUUGUUCGAUGUUGCGACAACCUCGAUCUUCGCGGCGGAACCGCGUGACCUCUCGCUCCUGUACACACUUGCUUAUAUUGCCGCUGCAGGCAACGAGACGACUCCAGGGACCUUUGAGCGACUGACGGCUACAGCUGGUGGGGCUCAGGACCGGCGCGUGACAGGUGGCACGCAACUGCUCGCUGUUAGGCUGGCAGAGCGGCUAGGCAUGGAACACAUUUCCCUAAGCACGCCAGUGCGACAUAUCAAGAGAAUAGACGAGGGUUACAAAGUCACAGCUGACGGCCUCGCGCUACGGGCCAAGCAGGUCGUGAUUGCAAUGUCGCCUCCACUUGCCGCCCGAAUCGACUAUGAACCAAUCCUGCCUGCAAUCCGUGAUCAGCUAACGCAGAGGCUCCCAAUGGGCUCGAUGGGCAAAGCAGUCGCCCUCUACGACACUCCGUUCUGGCGUGACGAUGGCUUGAACGGCCAGGCUGCAAGCGACACUGGGAUCGUGCGGUCAACAUUCGACAGUUCGCCGGAGGAUGGCUCAUACGGCGCGAUGUUGGGGUUUAUCGCAGCCGACCAGAUGCGCAAAUUCGACGCGAAAUCUGAAGACGAGAUCAAAGCUGAGGUUGUUAAGGACUUUGUCAAUUACUUCGGACCGAAAGCCGCGAGUCCGACGUCGUGGGUCAUCCAGAGAUGGGAUAAUGAGAAGUUCUCACGGGGCGGCCCUGUAGCGUUCGCCCCGCCUGGAGUUCUCACGCAGCACGGUCCAGCGCUGCAGCAGGGAUUUGAGGGCAUUCAUUUUGCUGGAACGGAAUCGGCUCCGUAUUGGAUAGGAUAUAUGGAUGGUGCUAUUCGGUCGGGUGAGCGGGUUGCGAAGGAAGUUCUUGAAACAUCUUGA